UUUGCUUCGGUUAAUUUCUUAAUUGAAUGAGAGGAUAAAACCUUAACAUGUCCGGUUAUUAAGAAUGUUACUUUACUAUUCUGAAACAGCUUUAUAGCUUUCUCUCCUAUAAAAUGAAGAAAUGGGAACUUAACCAUUUCACACAAAUCUUGGCAUUGAACAAAGAUAAGAAACAAAUCAAAUGGCUACUCUUGUUGCUCCCAAAGAUUCUUCUCCAAUUGAAGAUGCUGACACUAUCAAGAGGGCAUGCAAAGGAUUAGGGACUGAUGAGAGAGCCCUAAUAUCCAUAUUAGCACAUCGAAAUGAAGCACAAAGAAAACUUCUUAGGCAGGCUUAUUUAGAUCUUUAUCACCAAGAUCUUAUCCAACAACUUAAAUGUGAAGUUUCAGGAAAAUUUGAGAGAAGUUUAUGCUAUUGGACAAUGGAACCAGCUGAAAGAGAUGCUGCAUAUACUAAAGAAGCAUUGGAGAAAGUAACACCAAAUUAUUAUAAAAUAAUUAUUGAAAUUGGUUGCACUAGAACUUCAGAAGAGCUUUUGGCUAUAAAGCGUUCAUACCAGUUUCUAUACAAACACUCUCUUGAAGAAGAUGUGGCCUCUCACACAUUUGGUGACAUUAGGAGAUUGUUGGUUGCAAUAGUAAGCACUUACAGGUAUGAGGGACAUGUGAUUGAUGAGAGUGUGGCUAUUUCAGAAGCAAAUAUUAUUCAUCAAAUAAUUGAAAAAAAGGAUUUUAGCAAUGAUGAAAUCAUUAGAAUCUUAAGCACAAGAAGUAAGAAGCAGCUGUGUGUCACUUUCAAUUCCUUUAGGAACAUUUAUGGCUCAACAAUCACCAAGGGAUUAGUAGCCAGUCCAAGUGAUGAAUACUUAGAUGCACUGAGAACAACUAUUCGUUGCAUUAAGUACCCCCAAAGAUACUUUGCCAAGGUGUUACGCAAUGCCAAGAAUGAGUUGGGAGUUGAUGAUGAUGGUGUUAGCCGAGUUAUAAUCACCCGUGCAGAGGAGGAUCUAAAAGAAAUCAAGGAUCUCUAUUUUAAGAGGAUUAAUGUCACCCUUGAAGAUUUUGUAACUAACAACAUAUCAGCUGAUGGAGAUUACAAGAAUUUUCUUCUUGCUUUGUUAGGCCGUACCUGAAUUCACCACAGAUUUAAUAUUGAGAAACAAAAUUUCUGAUAUGUUUCAGAAAAUAAUAACAAUAAGAUAUAAACUAAUAAACUCUCUUAAACUUAGACCAUGGUUGGUUCAUGUUUCUUUUUACUGUUAUAGUGAAAAUUAUUCAUUAUCAUUCUAAGUCCUUAUUAUGUUCAUAUAACUUUUGUAUUUGAGAACUAAAAAACACAUUAUCAUCACAUUUCAAUGAAAAUGAAAAUGAAGCUAUGGAGGCAAGUGAUGAAUGACUCUACAACCAAAAAGAAAAAAAAGAA